CGGAUCGUACCAGACCUGGGAUUCCACAUAAUUUGCAAAGAGGAAGUCAGGAAGAAGAGGUGUAAAUCAGAAGGAAAGCUCAAAAAUACAAAAAAGAGAAAAAGAAAGCAAAAAGGAGGAGCGUGAAAAUUGAACAAAAGGCUCACUAAAGAACACUCUCAUUAUAGUGUUCUUCACGAGAAAAAGCUUACCCCAGCUCUCUUUUUCUACAUAUAUAUACUGUUUACAUAAAUAAAUGUUUCUGCAUGUAUUGAGAAGGAGUGGAGGAAUAAGAUGAAUAAAGCUAGAAGGAAAAAGGGGAUUUUUUUUUGAAUCUGGGUAUCCCCAAAUGCCUUUUCAUUAUCUUCCUUUUUGAGCACUAAACUAUGGCUGACGAUUUCUGUUUCUUCACCAAGGAUACUUUCAUAAUAAAGCCACCAAAGAAAUCUCCAUUGCUGCUGAGAAUGGUGGUCUUAUUUUUUGCAAUGAUAUGUGGAAUUUAUAUAUGUUCAAUUUGUCUGAAACAAAUUGGUUCGCGUUCCAGUGGACCGGUCACCAGUAUUCAUGUGGUUGAAAGGCCAUGUGAGGCGACAAAUAUUGAACCUUCAGAAAAACCUUAUCUGCACUUCCCCAAGCCAAAAACUUUUAGCCGGGCUGAGUGUGCUUGUAAUCCUGUAAGGUUUUUCGCAAUUUUGUCCACUCAGAGAUCUGGUAGUGGAUGGUUUGAAACAUUGUUGAACAGCCAUAUGAAUAUAAGCUCUAAUGGGGAGAUUUUUUCUGUUAAAGCCCGGAAAAGUAAUGCAUCAACGAUUUUGGAAACAUUGGACAAACUCUAUAACCUAGACUUUUUGACCAGCGCUUCCAAGAAUGAAUGCACAGCUGCAGUUGGUCUGAAGUGGAUGCUUAAUCAGGUGGGUGCCAUUUUUAAAAUUCUAUUUGUCAUGUCUGUUCCUAAAUAUGUGAUCACGAGAACAUAACUACGUAGAGAACGUAGCUGUGAUUUAUAGAAAACCUUCUGUAAACUCGAUUCAUUUUAUCAACAUUGUGUGCUAGUCGUCAGUGAUUUAUAUAGUGGAUAUAUGAGGUUGCUUCUUGAGUUUUCAAACGUGAAGUUGGCAUGUUUGUCUAUCAUCUGAAUUUGCUCUUUUCAUUAAGCUGUCAUUUCGGUUGUAUAAACACAUAAUUUUGAUUAAGGAAUUAAAAGAGGGGAAGAUUGUUGGUGGAAUUUCACAAUGGAGUAUUCAGUACCUAGCUGUGUUAGCUCGUCUUGAAACGUUUCUUUUCUUCUUCGUCAUAUGUUGGUUCAUAUGUGAAACAUGCUAGCUUUGUUUUCAGAAUUUGGGCCGAUGUCUUUUACUUAUACUCACUAAACUGUAUGUAUGUGUUUGAAUAUGUGGUUAUCACGUCUCAAUUCUGGACUUGCAUAAUUAGUUAAGUUAUGAUGGUUUCUUAUCACUUGUCUGCCGCUUUAAUAUGGUAAAUAGUAGAUGGAACAACAGUAGUACCGGAAUAAUGAGUAAGAUAGGGACUCGGAGUCCUUUGCUCGAACGAAACUAGAUCAUGUGGAAAAUCAUAUGGAAUAUUUAAUGUUGAUAUUUUGUACCAUGCUAAAAUACCAAUCCUUGAAGUACUACAAGCAUUGUGAUUUCAGGAAAAAAAAGUAUGUGAUGUGUAUUUUAGUAGAAAAAUACAAAAAAGUUCCCAGAUACAACAUGCUUGG